AUGAGCACCGAGUUCAUCGACUUCGGCCAACUCGAGGACCUCUCGCUGCCCAGCACCACAGCAACAGCAGCGUCACCACCUCCAGCUCUGUCUCAUCCCGAGACUGAGCUGGCCGAGCAACAUCCGCCGCCCACGGACUCACGGGCCGGCGAGAGAACUCCACCGUAUCCGCCCCUCAGAGUAGAUGAGGAUGGCGAGAAGCUCCCGGAGGUCACCCCUUCGGUUUCCGGACGUGCUUUUGCCGCCGUGACCACUCGUCCGAGCACAUCAGCUCAGGCCUCCACAUCCGCCUGUACGCAGGUCGGCAUACCCGCUCCUUUGGAAGCCGUGGAAGGCCCCGUCAGCACCAGCAGCCAGCAGAUGAGGAAGACCACCACGGAUACUCGCGACACCACCACAGCGAAGCGAGGAGGAGGACAGCCCAGGGGAACAGCCGGAGGUAAACGCCGCAGACCACGACACUGCACGCCAGCUGAGAAAUCCCAGGUGAGGCCACCGCUGCCACCUGCUUCGGCUGCAUCCAGCCGUCGCCCUCGGCCGGCCACACAAUCGCCGCUACGCAUCCGGGAUCGACGCGCUGAGGAGUACUGGGCUCCAUUCGAGAGGAGCCACAUCCGUCCAGCCACAGCUGGACCGGCUUAUCCGUUCCCCCGGGAGGAGGAACGCAGACCUCGCCGGGAGGAAGAACCUUCAGAAGAUUCGGAACUCCGUUUCUUCUGGCAACCGCCAGCCACGACGACCACCAGCUACAGCCCUGGCUACCGAGCCCCGGAGCACGGGUACUACACCUCGGCGGCCGCUAGCGCACCGACCCGACCAGCUCUUGGGCGUGGAGCGAACGCCCGCUUCGGACCUCCUCCGACAAGUCAGGCAACUCGCUGGUCCCGAGACACCAUCGAGGCCCUCCAGUGUCUCCUGGACCAAGCCCAGCACAGCCAGCAGCAGAGUCCGGAGAGCAGCAUUGAAGGCAGAGUCGGGACGGUGCAGGGUCCAGCACGCAGGAACCCCAGGACUACCGACUGGGCCUCUUUUAAAGAGGAGCUGGAGGCAAGGUUGGGGGAACGGCGGUUGAGGCCCAGCAAUGUGCGCAGAUUAGAGGAUGAAGUGGACACAAUCCACGACGCCCUGAUCGGCGCCUUCCAUAAGGCAUGCCCGAUAAAGGCGAGCAGGCAGGGGAAAAAAGUGGCAUGGUGGAGCCGCGAACUGAACAGACUGAGAGUGCUGUCCAGGAGACUCUGGAACCAUGCCUACAGAACAAAGAGCCAUGAGGACUGGACUCAGUACAGAAAUGUGCAGAGGGAGUACAAAAGGCUCAUCAAAAAAUCAAAGGAAACCGCCUGGAAGGAAUUCUGUGAUGACCUGGAGGCCCUACCACAGGUAGCCAGGCUUCGCAGGGUCUUUUCAGGGGGACCAACGCAAGGGCUACGAGAGAUCAUACUCCCCUACGGGGAGAUCAUCACACAGCCCAGCGACAUCCUGGAACACCUGAUCCAAGUGCACUUCCCGGAUUCCAACUUACAGAGGGGGGAUUCGUGCACGGGGACGGUUCUAGAGCAAACAGAGAGGGGUGGCCCAUACUGGCGCCUAGCCUCGGAAAUAAUUACGAUGGAGGGCCUGAGGUGGACUGUGGACUCCUUCGACAUGUAUAAGAGCCCAGGUCCCGACGGGAUAUAUCCGGCGCUCCUGCAGAAGGGAGGUCCGCAGCUCCUGCACAGGCUCCUGCCAACACUAAGAGCAAGCCUUGCUCUUGGGCAUGUGCCCUAUAAAUGGCGGGAGGUCAGGGUUGUUUUUAUCCCCAAACCGGGCAAGUGCAGCUAUGACAACGCUAAAUCCUUCAGGCCUAUCAGUCUGAGCUCUUUCCUCCUGAAAACACUGGAGAGGCUCGUUGACAGGCACAUCAAAAUGGGAGCUCUGAGGACCAAUCCGAUCAGUCUCUCUCAGCACGCAUACCAGGUCGGCAGGUCAACGGAGACUGCCCUGCACCGCCUGGUGGGCAAGAUCGAAGGUGCCAAAGCAAGAAAGGAGGCCACGCUAGGUGUCUUUAUUGACAUCGAGGGGGCUUUUGACAACACUUUCCUCGGCACCAUAGAGAAAGCAGCAGCAUCGUUCGGCAUCGAACGGCCCAUCAUUAAAUGGAUAGCUGCUGUGCUCCGAACAAGAGCGGUCUCCUCCUCCCUGGGCGACAGCACGGGGCUCCUGGCUGGGCUAGAAGAGCUAGGGGUGGAGGCGGUAGGCUAUGCAGACGACGUAGCGCUGCUUGUGUCCAGUAAGGAUGGCGGCACGCUAUCUUUUAAAAUGCAAAAGGCACUAGACCAUGUGCAGCGAUGGUGCACAUCAAAUGACCUCAAGGUUAACCCCGGAAAGACCGAGAUGGUGCUCUACACUGACAAGAGGAAAUUGGUGGUCAAACCCCCCUCUAUCUAUAACACAGUACUGAGCUUCUUAGAGGACGUAAAGUACCUGGGUCUAUGGAUCGACAGAAGACUCAGCUGGAAAAAGCACAUCAACAUGCAAACCAGCAAAGUCAUAGGAACAUACUGGGCCUGCAGAAGGAUGUUUGGAAUCACGUGGGGGCUAAGACCCAAGGUCGUGAGAUGGAUCUAUACGGCCAUCAUGCUCCCACAACUAACAUAUGCAGCUGUUGCCUGGUGGCCGGCCAUGAACAAGGCCUGCCACAGGAAAACGGUGGACAGACUGGGGAGGCUUGCUCUGCUGGGAAUUACGGGGGCGCUUAGAACGACUCCCACCUCGGCAUUGGAGGCGCUACUCUUCAUGCAGCCGCCACACCUCAUCAUAAGAGAUGUGGCGCUGUCAACAGCAGCCAGGCUGAAACUAACUGGCACCUGGAGGGAAGCCAAGAAGGGACAUGCUUCGCUCCUUACGGAGGACAGGGUGCUCCAUGGCGCGGUGUCCAAAGGGGGAGACGCAUGCAGAACUGAAUGGCACCCUCACAAGAGAUUCAAAAUCAACCUAGGCACUGUGAACACACAGGCCUGGGCAGGCUGUAAAUGGUCGCCACCUCACGGGCUGGUCUGGUACACGGACGGCUCCAAGAGGUGCGGCCGAGCGGGAGCAGGAGUGUGGUCCAGUCGACCCUCCGCUGAGAAGGCCCUUGGACUGGACCCACACGCCACCCCGCUUCAAACGGAAUUAGCUGCCCUAAGAGCCUGCGCCAGAAUCAUACUGGCCAGACAGGACAAGGGCAAGGUAAUACACAUCUACUCGGACAGCAGGCGGGCACUGGGAGCCCUGCUGAAACACGAGAGUGGCUCCAGGUUGGUAAACGACUGCAUAGAGUUGAUGGACAAAGUUGCAACCUGCAACAAAUUAAAGGUGUCCUGGAUACCAGGCCACGCCGGCAUACUUGGCAAUGAAAAAGCCGAUAUGCUGGCCAAACAAGGAUGUCAGACAAUGGCGCCGGUGGAUGAAGACCACGUUGGCAUUCAUUCGGACUACAUAAAGGAAAUAAUCCAAAAGCGCGCGGACAGGGGAGUGGUGGAGAGAUGGAACGCAGGGAUGGGCGCCAGACACACCAGAUCCCUCCUCCGCGAACCCUCCAGGAAGUUGACUGACGAACUCGUGUCCUUGAGCAGGGUUAAGCUGCGAGCCCUUUUAGGGCUUAAUACGGGACACUGGCCGUUAGCUGCCUACCUGGCGAGAAUCGGCAAGGGAGAUGAUCCUCUUUGCCCGAGAUGCGGCUUGGUGGAGGAGGACCGCCACCAUCUCAGUACAAAAUGCAGUGGUCUUGAUGAACUCCGUUUGGAUAUCUUUGAGACCACCUGUCUUAAAGAUCUUUACGUCGACAGGGACGGCUUCCAGGGACUCUACGAAUUCGCACGUGGGGCACAGAUGCUGACACCUCUCGACUAG